CAUGGAGCAAAGUCGUGCCAGUUUUCGGCAUUCGGCGGGAAGUGCGAAAGAAUUUUCAGAUUAUUACCAGUAAACAACGACAACAAUGCAACGGAAUGUGCGCAUGAAGCGAGAAAUUCAGAUGAUGUCGGAAUCACCACCUCACGGCAUAUCAUGCUGGCCUAAAGAUGAUAAAAUAGAUCAUCUAGAAGCACAGAUUGUUGGUGGUGAAGGCACUCCAUAUGAAGGUGGAAUAUUCAAAUUGGAAAUCCAGAUUCCUGAAAGGUAUCCAUUUGAACCCCCCAAGGUACGCUAUGUGACUCCUAUAUAUCAUCCCAACAUUGACAACGGUGGACGAAUUUGCCUGGAUACGCUGAAAAUGCCCCCAAAGGGGGCGUGGAAGCCGUGUUUGAAUGUCGGAACCGUGCUGACGUCCCUGCAGCUGCUAAUGGCCGAGCCGAAUCCCGAAGACCCCCUCAUGACAGAUAUCUCCAACGAGUUCAAAUACAACAGAGCACUGUAUAACGCCAGGGCUAAGGAAUGGACAGAAAAACAUGCCAUGCAGAAAACUAAGCCUGUCGUAUCGGAGGACAUACUGAAAGAACCUGAGAACACCAACAGUUCAAUUGGAAAAGGAAAAGAUGCCUCAGACAAUGUUUCCUCGGGUCUAAAACGGCCCUCAGCUAUGUCAGACGUCACAAACAAGCGCAUCAAGCCGAGCUAGACAGGACACUCAACUGACUGAAAAUAUCAAACCGCUACUUUGUGCUCAACCGUUUCAAGUUAAAGGGGAGCCACUCAACAACUCGAUGUCCAUGGAGUUAUUUGAGGGGGGGGCUCAGACUUUCAGGAGGAUGUGAAAGCUCAUUCAUCUCAUAAUAUUAACGGACAGUUAUGGCCCUGUCACACUGCGUUUUAGAGUAACUUGCACCUAGCGUGUAAAAGACAGUACGCUGUCAUAUGUCGAGCUUUCAUAAAAAAAACAUGAUUUUGGCGAAUCCAUAGUGAAAACACAACGAGAGUUCACCAUAUAUGUAACGUAUUAGUAGCAUAUCACUUACACAUAACUUAUGACAGCGUAUAAAAGCAUAUUGCCAGCGUGUGUCUGGCGUGUUCAACGUAUGCCCAGCGUAUGCACAGCGUAUGAUCAAUCUAUGACUGGCACGCUCAGCGUAGGGGGCAGGUGCCUAAAACGGGCCCUAUAGGUAACGUAUGUAGAGCAUACUUCUAAUGUAUGCCUAAUGUAUAUUUCACAGUUCCCAUACGCCGAAAAUUUUGUGCAUGUAUACCGGCAUGCUUUUAACGUAUACAACCUAACUUGUCCAUAGCGUGUUUCAGCGUUGCCGGCGUUUAGGCAAAAAUUCUCAUACAACGCCAUACGUUACUGCUAUACGUUGUUGUGUAACAGGGCCGUUACAUAGAAUUUUGCUUCAAGUUUAUUACAAGGCAGUGAUGUGGUUUGACUUUUCUUUAACUGAAUCAGAGCAGAACACGAAAAAGCCAUUAUUACCAGCCUCCGAUUCAUCACAUGGUUUCAAGGCCAGGGAAACAAUGCAUUGUCAUUUUUUCAUAUUUCUGCCAUGAUAGAUUAACUGUAGUUAUAUGAAAGGAUCGAGUGUUCUUUAAACUCUUUAUGAAUUGUAUACUUUGUAGCCAAGAUUCACUGUCAUGUUUUGGUUCCCUCAACUUCCUAAAUCUUUGAUCAUGAUGAACAUCUCAGUGACAUGUCAACUCAGUGUUUUCUGGUCAUCUAAAAACAAUAUGUGUGUUACAUACACUUUCAUGUCCUGAACCCCUUUCUUCCAAGAUGUCAUUAGGAAAAGACCCUUCUGUGAUUCCAGGUUAGAAAUGGAAAUGGUCGUCGGUGGCGACAAAAUGGAUUGGGUAGUCAGGCUCUGUGACCUGCGAGUCAUCAUGCUGCAAUGGCGUGGAUCCUUGUUCAAAAUAUCAAUCACAGGAUUGUCUGGACCAGACUUGAAUAUUUUUAGGCCACAAUACAUGAAGCCUGAAUAUAUUCAUGAGUUCGGCAUUAAAUAACAAACAAAUUUAUGAAAAUGAUAUGUCUGUAGGUAUCUGGGGUAAUAAACUGUGAGGUGGGUAUUUGAUAAUGUGACAGCUAAUAAUGAAAUUCUUAUAAUGAAUUUGUUCUGGAAUUAUUGUGAAAUAAAAAUAUGGUGAAAACUUGUCCCAAAGGAAGGGCCAUGUUAAGCAUGAAGAAGCAACAUUUCUCUCUAUUCUUUUUUCCUCUUGUCAGAAUAUUUUGGCAAUAGUGCUACAACUGUACAUAUUGUGACUGAAAAAUGUCUGUAUGAUGAUUCUGUAAUGUCUUUCAACUUGACGCAUCAUUAAACAUUCUCAGUUAAA